AUGGCUGCACUUAAGAGGAAUAAGCUGACGACAGCAACAACCAAAGAAGAUGAGAAGUGCUGCAUCUCUGUAGAAGUCAAGGGCCACUCUGUCAUGUACACAACUGAUGGGAGGCGCUUCGAGGUACCAUUGGUGUACCUCAGAACGACGACCUUCAGUGAGUUCCUGACGAUGUCCCAGGAAGAGUUUGGCUUCUCAAGCCAUGGCAAGAUCACACUGCCUUGUGUUGCCGAAGUGAUGGAGUAUGUCAUAUGCUUGCUCAGGAGAAAUGCCUCUGCCGAGGUCGAGAACGCGUCGCUGAGCUCUAUGGUGACAUCUUGUCACCACAUUGGUUGCACAAUGCCAACUGUUGGAGCCAACAAGCAAACUUGCUAUUUGUAG